UAUCCGUACACACGUUGUGACUUUAUGCUGUGUUGGAAAUGUAUUUUGUGACCAGUGUUAGGUUACAGUCGUUGUAACGUGUCGCGGGAUUCAGUUGGGGUUUAACUGUCUCGGGACGAACAUAGUGUUCUCUAGAGAUAUUUAGCGUUGCGUUUCGAAUGUUUCGGUAUUUUUUAAAAAAUUGAAGAAAAUGAAAUGGUUUUGUUGAAGUGAUUGGGAAUUUUGUGUGUUCAAUUUUGUUUCGGGAAAUCAAAAAAAUAUCUUUUUUUUGUGAAUUUUUCGUCUUAAAAUAUAAUAUUUAUUCGGAAAUAAAAAAUUCAAAGUAUUUUUGUUGGAAAUAUUAAAAGAAAAUAAAACACCGUUUGUCAACAUCACUUUACUAUUUUAUAUUCAUGGUGAUUCACUGACAAAAAAUAUAGUGUGCAAGUGACUAGAAUAUAAAACAUAAAAAAAGAAAAAAUUAGAAAAACAAAAUAUUUGUAAAAAAAAUAGUUUUGUGAAAAUCGUUAAAAAUCAGCCCAAACCUGAGGUCCGACGAACCCGUGUCGAGCUUCAGCUCGGCAUCACCAUGGCCCACAUUGGAGCUGGAAUGGGGACGGAAAUUGUAUCCAUCAUCUGGUCCACGCAGUGGUGCUCUAAUGUUUGGUCUGCCACCGGGCGGUGGUGGAGAUUUAAAUCAACCCAGAGGACCAAUUACGUCGUUGAAAGAGGAGCCAUUAGGUGCUAGAGCAUGGAUGCAACCAAUAGACCAAUCUAAUCAUUUCAUUUACAGCCUCGGAAUCGGCAGAGCAAAUUUCGAGAAGCAACCGCCCAGCAAUCUUAGGAAAUCAAAUUUCUUUCAUUUCGUUAUCGCACUGUACGACCGAUCUGGUCAGCCCAUCGAAAUCGAAAGAACAGCAUUUAUUGGCUUUAUCGAAAAGGAUCAAGAAAGUGAUAGCACAAAGACAAAUAAUGGAAUUCAAUAUCGGCUACAAUUACUGUAUUCAAACGGCGCACGCCAAGAACAGGACAUCUUUGUUCGGCUGAUUGAUUCAGUUACCAAACAGGCUAUUGUAUACGAAGGCCAAGAUAAGAAUCCUGAAAUGUGUCGUGUAUUGUUAACCCACGAAGUUAUGUGCAGCCGCUGUUGUGACAAAAAGAGUUGUGGUAAUCGAAACGAAACUCCAUCAGAUCCAGUUAUUAUUGAUAGGUUUUUCCUUAAAUUUUUCCUGAAAUGUAAUCAAAAUUGUCUAAAGAACGCCGGUAAUCCACGAGACAUGCGACGAUUCCAAGUUGUGAUCAGUACCCAAGUGGCCGUAGACGGACCAUUGAUGGCAAUAUCCGAUAAUAUGUUUGUGCAUAAUAAUUCGAAGCACGGUCGGCGAGCUAAGCGAUUGGACACUACGGAAGGUACAGGCUCGUCCCCAUUAUCCAUUUCGGGUCAUCCUCUUGGUCCAGACAGUACGUACGACGGCCUUUAUCCACCAUUGCCUGUAGCGACACCAUGUAUAAAGGCUAUAUCGCCGAGCGAAGGAUGGACAAGCGGUGGAGCACAAGUUAUCAUCGUUGGCGAUAAUUUUUUCGAUGGACUACAAGUGGUGUUCGGUACGAUGCUAGUGUGGAGUGAACUGAUUACAUCACAUGCAAUACGUGUUCAAACACCACCCAGACAUAUACCGGGCGUCGUAGAAGUUACACUAUCAUACAAAAGUAAACAAUUCUGUAAAGGGUCACCUGGCCGAUUCGUUUAUGUUUCUUUAAGCGAACCGACAAUCGACUACGGGUUUCAACGACUUCAAAAACUAAUUCCUCGGCAUCCCGGCGAUCCGGAAAAACUAUCCAAAGAGAUAAUAUUAAAAAGGGCAGCAGAUCUAGCUGAAGCAUUGUACUCGAUGCCACGCUCUCCAGGCGGCUCGACGGGCUUUAACUCGUAUACGGGACAAUUGAACGUUAGUGUACAGGAAGGUACAACAUGGGUCGAAGACGACUAUCAACGAGCACAAAGUAGUAGCGUCAGUCCUAGAGGUUAUUGUAGUAGUGCGUCAACGCCACAUUCAUCUGGCGGUGGAUCUUAUGGUGGUGGAAACGGUGGAUACGGGCCGAAUAUGGGACUAUCAUCCUCGCCGGCUAGUGUCUUCAAUUCAACAUCUAGAGUCGGAAAUUUGGUCAGUGGUUUUAACCCGUUCGCAUUGCCAACAUGUGGAUCGCAAGGUUAUGCUACUAGUCCGUUAGUGUCGUCGACCAAAUAAUAUUAGCUGAAUUUUUAAUUUUGUAAAAUUGAGUUUCCUUAUCGUAUUUGUGUCGUUUUUUUUUGUUCGUUUUUAUUUAUUGUCGUCAUCGUCACCAUUCAGGAAGGUCAGAAAAAAUUCAAAUUAAUUUUCCUCUAAUUCUUUACAUUUAUAAAAAUUUCAGUUAACCGAUUUACUCAAAGAUGUUGCAGUUUUCCUAAUUUUACUUCAAUUUUCCAAUAAUUCAAAAUUGUUUCCAAUUUCCUGGGCGGAAACGGAUGAACGUAGCAAAUCCAUUGUGACUCGAAAAAAAGACCUUUGCAAAACCUCAGAAAUUCCUUUAAAAAAAAGAGGAAAGUAUUCCUCAGAUUCACUAAAAUUUCAUAAAAAGAUCAUGAAAUGACCAGGAAACCCUUGGAAAUAACGAAAAUUCUUUAGCAUCCCACGAAUAUCCUGUAACAGAGAGGAUAUUUCGAAAAAAUUUCGUAAUUUUUCUUAAAUGUCAUUGAGUUCACUAAGUUCACUAGUUUCCACUGAACUUAAAAAAUUAAGGAAUUUCUGCGAAAUAUUAUUCCAGUUGGUGAAACCGACGUUGUACCUUUCACAGCCGAGUAUUUAUGUCACCCAUUAUAGUCAGUAAUGACAAAAGUAAGCUUAAACAUUUGUACUCUCUGGCUAUAAUGUUCUUUCAUACAGCAAAAUUAAUGUUAAAACAAGUGAAGUAAAAGAUUUGGUAUCGAUCCGUUGACAAUGCUUUCGGAUCAAAAAAAGGAACAGAUUUGAAAUAUUUACUGGUGAUGCCGUCUGUGAAAGAUUUAUCAAUUCAAUCAAA